ACCCCGCCCAUCUUAUCUCCGCAGAAAAUGGCCGAUCUGGAGGGAGCGAAGGGGAGGCUAGUGGAGGCGUUGAAGGAGAGGACCGCUCGCUACUGGGAGCUCAUGAAGAGCUGGUACAGAAGAAGGAUCGCCAAGGAAGAUUUUGACACGAAGGCUCGAGGUUUCCUGGGGGACGAUAACGUCCAUCUCCACAACGAGUUUCUGUUCGCCAUCUUGGUCAAAUGUCAGACUGGACUCCAACCACCAGAGGUAAGAGAUUCUCGAUCUGCGGUUGCAAGUGAGCCCCCCAGCUCUCAGCGACAGUCUGUCACGCCGAGCCCUCACCCUCCACCCCCACUCCCUCCUCCUCCACCUCCUCCUCCUCCUCUCACUGCCUCCAAGCCACGCCCCAAACGACAGCGUGUUGUCAGUCCUCCACUGGAGCCCAUUCCGUACGGAGCACUCGACGUCCGUCAGUACCAGAAACCACCAACAGUGCAGGUGGUAGGAAGAGACCUGGACACCUUGCUACUCUGUUCACACGAACUCCUCCUGCCAGACAGACCCACCCUCCACACUCGCAUGCUUCUGCUGGCCUGGGAAGCUGGGCUGGACGGAGUCAGUGAAGAGGCAGCUGACCUUCUGCUGCUCGCUCUAGAGAACCAUCUCAAGAAUGUACUACAGACCCUAAUUGCCCACAUGAGCACUUGGCAAACAAGAACAGGCGGACAGUUUCAGCACUCGUUUGGGAAUAGUUCUAGUGGGUGUGGCCUCACUCGGUCUCGUUGUGUCCCCGAGUGUCGAUACGAGGGAGACAGGAGAGAGGCUGUGUCUGCCAUGUUGGCAGCUCAGAGCACUCUGUCAGCUGAUGAGGGCAAGCCAAUCUCUCUCUUCCACUUCAGAGAUGCUCUAAUGUUGAACAGGUCUAGUAUCCCGGUGCAUUCUCUGCUGGUGUGUAACAUGGAGAGGGCCUUGGCUGGGAUGUGGCACCCAGAGCUGGAGGAGGAGAGACAGAGACAAGAGGUGGAGCACUGGAACAGAACUCACUCUCUCCAGACCGGCAACGCUCCCUCUCUUUAACCCUCGGAGCGCAUGCGCAGCGGAGGCGCGAGCCGCGAGGAUCCAUCAUGCCC